UGGCGGCAACAAAUGCAACUAAAAUUGUGAAACGUCAACAUGAUCGUGAUGGAAUCUGCUAAUCAAAUUUUGUGAUUUUUCCAAUUAUCCUGGAUUUUAAACAAUGUUUCAAGUGAAUAUGUAGUGCGCCUGCAAGUGCUUUCAUUUAUGGACUAACCGGACCACAGUUAUCUUUAUGUUGGACUGUUAGAAUUAGUAAAAAUUGCACAAUGUCGCUCCCAGGCAAUGGAAUUUUCGUGGUGCAGGGCGAGAUGGCUAUGCUCGUCACAGCCAUGCGACGGAGCACCCGGUGGGGCUCCCACUCGUUCCCCAACGAGGAGUACGACGUCCUCAUGCGGACCUUCCAGGACCUCAAGACUAUUUUGAACCAAGUAGACGACUUGAGGUUGUUGGACCCUGCCACUUACCUAAGUCCUUUUCUAGAAGUUAUUAGAAGCAAAGAGACCACCGGGCCCGUCACCAGCCUCGCCCUGUCGGCUAUACACAAGUUCUUGUCUUAUGGACUCAUUGAUCCAACCCACCCGAGUGUGCCUGCUACUGUGGAGGACAUUGCUGAUGCCGUCACUCACGCCCGGUUCGUUGGCACCGACCACUCCUCAGAUGGAGUUGUCCUUAUGAAAAUAUUACAGGUCCUCCGCACACUGAUGCUGAGUCCCGAGGGCACCAUGCUGACGGACGAGAGUGUGUGCGAGAUCAUGCUCAGCUGCUUCCGCAUCUGUUUUGAAACUAGACUUACAGAGCUACUCCGUCGCAACGCGGAGCAGUGCCUGCGCGACAUGACGCAGCUGGUGUUCAUGCGGCUGCCGCAGUUCUCAGCCGCCGCCGCGCCCGCGCCCUGCGCCGCCAUGGGCCUGUCGCUCAAGAAGCGGGAGAAGGGCAAGAAGAAGGGGGUGCAGAAUUCGUUAGAGAGGAAGUCUCCAGUGAUGGAGCAGACCAGCGCCACCUCCGUGGAGUCUGAUGAAGUCGACGCCAAGUCUAAUGAGAAUCUACUCAGAAACAAUAACCAAGACAAGAACCUGUGCAACGAGGCGGAGAUCACGAUAGAGCCGUCCCGCUCGCACGCACGCGCCUCGUCCAUGGACCUGAGCAGUCGCGCGCCGCUCACGCAGCUCGUCGAGAAGUGCGUCUCCGGGGAACAAGGCGCAGACCAAAACCUAGACGAAUACAAAGAAAAAGAAGACCCCAACGCAGAAACGGAAAAGCAGGACCCAGAAAAACCGGAGCAAAAUGACGAAAACACAGAAUUAACCGCUAAAGAAACCACAGAAGAAGAAGUUAAGAGUGACACAGAAGAUGGGUGCAAGAUGAGUAAGAGCAGGACGGAAGAUAGUGAGAAGUUGGACGAGGUGUACGUUAAUAACAGAGGCAUAAGGUUCACUCCGCAAGACGAAGCUAAUUUACAGCCGUAUGGACUGACUUGCGUUCGCGAGUUAUUUAGGUUCCUAAUAUCCCUGUGCAACCCGCUGGACACCCAGAACACGUCAGCCAUGGUGCACCUCGGGCUCUGCCUCGUGGGCACCGCCCUGGAGGUGGGCGCGGACCAGCUGGCCAGGCACCCCGCGCUCCUCGCGCUCGCCAGGGAUCCUCUCUGCAGGAGCCUCACUAGUCUACUCAGCACAGAAAGAAUAUCCAUAUUCGCUCUGGACCUGCAAGUGGCUUUCCUUCUCUUCGAAUCACUACGCUACCACCUGAAGUUCCAACUAGAAGCUUUCCUCAAGAAAAUUGUCGAAAUCGUCUCAUCCGACACAACCAAAGCUGUCUACGAACUCAAAGAAAUACAACACCUAGCCCUAGAGUUCCUAGCCCAGCUGCUUAGGAUACCUGGCAUAUGCACUGAGGUGUUUUUGAACUAUGACUGUGAUGUUUAUUGCAUGAAUAUGUUUGAAGAGUUGACCAAACUGUUGAGUAAGAAUGUGGUUUCUUCGACUGCGUAUAAUAUUCAUUCGUUGUCUUUGGAGGUUUUGAUGACUGUGAUUGAGGCUAUUGAAGUUGGCAGCAGUCAGCCUAAGGAAGAUAAAGCAGACAUAGAGCGCCCCCUAUCCCCCGGCCCUCGCUUCGGGCGCGGCGGGCAGAUAUCCCUGGAGCUGGGCGGCCUCGAGGACCCCGCCCAGCCGCAGACGCACCACAUCAGCCAGUACACGGGGCGGGCGGCCAGUGAACAACAUCUGCCUACGUUGGAGGAGAUUGAGAAGAUUGUGCAUACUAAAAAGUGGGUGACCCAAGGCACAGAACUCUUCAACCAGAAGCCCGAGAAGGGCAUAGAGUUCCUGCAGCAGCACGGGGUUCUGGCCACACCGCUCGACCCCGCCGAGGUCGCAGUGUUUUUGAAGGAGAACUCCGAUCUGGAUAAGAAGAUGAUUGGUGACUACAUCUGCAAGCGGUCUAACAUCAACUCAGAAGAGGGCGGGUCGAGCGUGCUGGGCGCCUUCGCGUCGAGCUUCGACUUCUCCGGACUGCGUAUUGACCAGGCGCUCCGUCUGUACCUGGAGUCGUUCCGGCUGCCGGGCGAGGCGCCGCUCAUCUUCCUCGUCAUGGAGAGGUUUGCGGAGCACUGGCAUUCAACCAACGGGGAGCCGUUCGCUAACACGGACGCGGCGUUCCGGCUCGCGUACGCCACCAUCAUGCUCAACAUGGACCAGCACAACCACAGCGCCAAGAAACUUAAUGUGCCCAUGAAUGUUGAAGACUUCGUGAAGAACCUGCGCGGCUGUAAUGGUUCAGGAGACUUCCCGCAGCCGAUGCUCGAGGCCAUCUUCCACUCUAUCAAAAACGAAGAGAUGGUAAUGCCAGCCGAGCGAGUGGGCCCGGUGCGCGACGCGUACCUGUGGCGGGUGCUGCAGCGCCGCGGUGACACGGCCGCCGGCCGGUACCUGGCCGUGUCGCCCGCCAACCAGUACCACGCCACGCUGUUUGCCAUAGUGGGGCCGCCUACUGUGACAGCCCUAUCAGCGGCCUUCGAGCGCGCCCCCGCGCCAACCCAAGAAGAAAUCUCCUCCAGUCAACCUACGAACCUGGCCAUAAUCUCCCUAGCCGGGCUACAGAGGGUGGCUGGGUUAGCGGCGAGGCUGCCCAGUGAACAUGGUCUCACUGUGGACACUCUACUGAUCACUCUGUGCAAGUUUACCCAGCUGACUGGACCGGUUUCCAGCCCUAUUGCUAUUGGAGUGACGCUCGGCCAAUCAACGAAGGCGCAGAUGGCGCUAACCCGCGCAUGCGCAGUCGCGGCCAAACACGGCGACCUGGCGCGCGCCGCGUGGACACAGCUCGCCUGCCUCGCGCGGCAGCUGCACGCCGCUUCGCUGCUGCCGCAGUGUCUGGUGACGGCGGAGGACUACCUGAGCGAGUCGGGUGUGGUGCCGCUGGUCCGGGAGCCGCGCGGCGCCGACGCAGGCCUUCUUUCAAGCAUCUACUCAUACAUUGCCCUGGGGGAGACUGGUAUCCGAGCCCCCACCCCGCACGAGAAGGCCCUAAUAGACGUGGCGCGCGAGUGCGUGGCGCGCUGCAACCUGCCGCCGCUGCUGGUGGAGGAGACCAAGUUCCUGCAUCUCCACAGCUUGCAGGAGCUAGUCCGCGCGCUAAUCUCGGCAGGGGCUCCCCCCGACCCCGACAGCCUUCAAAUGAACCCUCAGCUGGAAGACGCCACUAUAUUCUUCUUGGAGCUGCUGGGGAAGCUGUUGAUACAGAACCGAGACCGAGUCCUCUACGUCUGGGACGAGGCGGGCGCGCACUUCAGAAGCUGCGUGUUCUGGGCCUCUGCCCGAGCGUCCACCGACAGUUACGCCAUCUCGCGAGUGUUGACGGCACUUCUAAGAACUUCAGCUAGGUUGAUGCGCUCGGAACAUUGCGCCCCGAAAGUGCUAGCUAACUUGGAGAUGCUGUUUGAACUGCCGUACAAGCUGUUCUACCAGCAGAGCGAUAUUAUAUCGUGCGGCCUCUACGAGCUGGUGAAGACAUCAGCGCAGAACGUGCACAGCGCCGAGGAGUGGCAGACCGUGUUCUCUCUACUCGGGGCCUGCUGCGGCGCCUGGCCUAAUGGAAGUGCAGGUUCCGGCUUAUCCUCAUCGCGGUCCUCGGGCUCCUCGGACGAGGCGGCGCGGCCCACCAGCGCCUCGUCCGACCCCGACCUGGCGCCGGCGCAGGGCUGGUGCGUGAUAAACAACCCAUCGACCACAGACUUCGACCGCAUCAAGCUCAAGCCGUGCAAAGUGUCAGCCCUGGCUCGCACCUCGGAGAGUCUGUCUCUAGUAGUACGUGAUGUGGCCCACGUGACUCCGCACAAUCUACGAGCUGCCGUUAGGGCCCUGGCUACUGCUGCGGCCGCCGCUACAAACAAGAAGCCUCACCGGCGCGACCCCCGCCCGCGCUCCGGCUCGCGGCGCCCCGCGCUCCACGACUCAUCGGAUGAUGAGGGGGACCCCCUCGACCAGUACUACAUGGUCAGCAUACAGCUGCUGGACCUGAUGCACACGCUGCACAGCCGCACGGCGCAGAUCUUCCGCUGGUGGAAGGAGGAGGCCGACCAGGUGCAAGAAGACUUCGACCUGUGGGAGGUGGCGUGGUUGCCGCUGCUGCAAGGAAUGGCACAGUUCUGCACGGAUAGAAGGAAACAGGUGGCAAACACCGCGCUAGCCUACCUCCAGCGCGCUCUACUAGCGCCGGGCAUGGCGGGCGUGGGCGGCGCGGGCUGGGAGGCGAGCUUCCGGCUGCUGCUGUUCCCGCUGCUGCAGCGCCGCCGCCGCGCCAAGGCCAACACCACCAUGUGCAAGGUGUUCCUCCACCACCUAUCAGCGUUAACCCCUCGGCCGUCGUUCCCGGCGCUCUGGCUGGACAUAGUGCAGAUCCAGCGGUCGCUAGUGCUCGCGCCGAACGAGGCGUUAACUGAGGCGGCGGUGGAGUCGCUGAAGAACAUGAUACUGGUCAUGGACAGUGUUAAGGUGUUCAGCAACGCGGACGGAUACACUGACUUGUGGCACAUGACGUGGGAAAAGAUCAGCGAGUUCCUGCCCAACUUGAAGCAGGAACUGUUCCCCAACGUGAACGACAGCCCGAAGCCAUCCGCCCUGCCGAGUCACAUGCAGCCUCCACCCUCCUCCCUCCCGACGCUGGUCCCAGUCCGACCCACCAAUCCCAACAGUACGCCAACCCUUCUCCCAUCAUCCCCUACUAUCCUACCCGCCUCUCCCCCAACCAUAUCCCAGGGUUUGCAGCCAACAUUUCAACCAACAUUGGUCGCGCCUGUAGCUCGCUCGCCGGGCCAAUACACCAAUGUAGGUCAGAGUCAGCCCGUGACGUCAUCAGGGGCUGUUAGCGGGAUGGUGCCGAUAAGGAAUACGUUGUAUUCGCAAGGUUUAACGUCUUCUGUCUUGCUUCAGCCGCUGAAUGAGAUGAUAUCGACGCCGAUUGGGACUACGAUGACUACGCCGAUGCCUAUUUUAGUUCCGACUAAUCAGACCCAAGAGGCGCCCAAAGCAGAGCCUGUCAAACAAGAGCCUGCCAACGUAGAGCCCAACAUCGCAGAGCCAAAACCUGCAGAGCCAAAUACUAAACCAGCAGAACAUAAAAGUACAAUCUUAGACAUCAAUUUCGACGAUAAUCUAAUUCUACCAGAAAAGGAAGUUCAACAAAGCGAAAUAUACGCAGAGUAUCUAAACAACCCUUAUAAUGAUAAGGAGGAUUCGACCAAAGAGGCGCCUUACAGCGUAGAAGAAAAUAGGUUGAUAUCCAACAUAGUUCACGACCAAACAGUAUCCAACACUGGCAUGCUACGAAACCCCUUACUGGACCUAGAUAAGAAAUCCUACAGUGAGAAUUCCAGUCCUAUGCACACUGCAAAUAAGGCUCAGUUUGGUUCUAGCGACAAUAUCAAGCGGGAAGAAGGUAGUAUGUUUAAUUUCUCUAGUUAUUUCGGACUUACCUCCAUGCCGCCCGGAGCUGAAGUAUUUGACAAUCUGAUGACGUUAGAGGGAUAGCUUCAAGACUGUGACACGGGGACGUGGUUGUAGGAUUACGGGGUUUCAGCUAAAAUAACCCUUUGACUGUCUUAUACGAGUUGGUUGCGAGGGGUGCAAUCGUGUCUUGUACUUGGGGUAAUUAUUGAGUGAAGUGGCGUUAUGUGUAAAAGAAUGGCGUCUGAAAUUUUGAUCAAUAUUGUACGUUUCU